AUGGCACCAGAGUUGGAUGCCAGAAAUCCAUACAGACCGACCCAAACACCAAUGCGUUCUACAUCACGCAUCUUGCAUGUGUUUCGUGGUCAGAGUCACGGAUGUGCCUCUUGUUGUGACGGAAACUUCGUCGCCGGUGGAACGCACGGAACUUUCACCAUAGAGUUUCCAACAACAGACACUUUCAAUCGUCAGUCUAUGGCUAAAAUGCGUGACUCUAUUCAGAAGUAUAAGCAAGUGCGACGGACCCCACCGACCUCGAGUUCAGUUUGCUUCACAUGUUCAGACACUAACCACAUGACAAGUCCAAACGAAAUCGUUCAAAGCACUCAAUUCGAAGAGUUACGAGUAAGCGGGAUUCCAACCAACGUCAGUCGAUGA